AUGAAUUGUGAAUUGAAGUUUAAUGUAAAAUUUACCUCGUUUAUAGUGCAUACGGUUGGUGUGGAUCAACCGACGCGUGGUGUGCAACUGGCUGCCAGCCCAGCUAUGGAAUAUGCAAAGAUCGUUGUCGCGGCGUCUCCCGUGCAAGCUUCGCCAGUCAAGGCCUCUCCAGUGCUAGCAUCUCCGGUCAAGCCUUCUCCUGUCUUGCCAUCACCUGUUAAAGCAUCAUCUGCGCCUGUAAUCAAACUCACAACAAAUAGCCAGUGCGGUGCAUCUGUUAGCGCGAAGUGUGAUGUAGCAGGAACUUAUCCUUGUUGCUCUGACGGCCUAUGUGGAAACAUUGGUCCUGCAGCCAGCCCUGUAGUAGUCAAGGCAGCUGUAGUACAACCAUCUGCCGCACCGUCUGUCGCGCCCUCUCCAGUUAAAGCAAGCCCAGGUGCUUCUGCUAAACCAGCUGUAAGCGUUCAACCAUCACCAACAUAUCCUUGUGGGAGCCAGCAAAACGUCUUGUACUUUGGCGUAUGUUACAAACCAGGCGAUGUAAACACAAUUGGCUGGACGUGGACGACUUCUGGAUGGACUUGCAAUGCUCCAAGCUGUCCUAUUCCAGAUGGAAAUUUAGGGGGAUAUUGUUUUUCAAGUGGAAUGAGUGCAGCUAACUACAGUUGUUCCAACGGAGUGCUCACGAAUGUUACAACAAGUAACCGGCUCGUCGCUGCUGCUACAACAACAGUCUCAUCAGCGGCAUUGUCACCAGCACCCUUGACCACCACUGUCAUUUUAUCCAGUAUAAUACCCUCCACCUUGCCUUCCUCUACGGUAAUCCCGAGUAUAUUCGCAUCGGCAGCACCGUCAAAAACUAUCAUUUCAUCUGUACUCCCAUCGGCAGCACCAUCAACGACUAUCAUUCCUUCCGCACUCGCAUCAACAGCACUGUCAACGACUUUAGACCCAUCCCUUGACCCAUCUAAACAGAUUACACCAUCAGAAGGUCCAACAACGACUAUGACACCAUCAGCAGAGGCCUCUUCCUUCGUUUUAUCAUCACCCACAACGACUGCACAAUCUCCAGCCUUUUCAACUUUUAUUACUCCAUCAGUAACGAUUGCAGCAAAAAUAAUAGCUCCCUCUGCAGCUCCAUCAGCAGCACCUUCUCCAGUUUGUGGCUCUGUCAACAACGUACUUUAUAAUGGUGUAUGUUAUUCGCCAGGCCAAGUAAACACAUUUGGAUGGACUUGGUCGCUACAAGGAUGGCAAUGUCCGACUCCAAAAUGCCCUGUUCCGUCAGGACAAUAUCAAGGUUACUGCAUCGCAAGUGGAAGUACCCAAUAUACCAACUAUAUCUGCUCGAACGGUGUUUUCAGUCUCACGCCCCUCAAAACUUACACCCCUGCGUGUGCCAAUAUUUGCGGAUGUAGGACAAUUUCGCCGGGAGCGAAUUGGGUUUAUCGUGAUACGACAAUCGAUGGCACAAAACUCUUCAAGAAUGGCCAGCCAUUCAGAUUUGUUUCUGUAAAUUAUCAGGAUAUUGUUCAAUCUGUUGAUGUGUAUUCCACAAACGGUGGUGGAUACUGUCAAGGGGAAGGCCCUGCAGCAUAUAUGGGUUGGCCCGACGCAUGGGAGGUUGAAGACGGAAUAGCGACUGUAGCUGGUUUCGGAGGGGCCGUGAUUAGAGCUUACACGUUCUCUAUCUGGGAUCCCAAUAAUGGUGGAUGCAACGGCGCUCAAAACGACUACUUUGCGUACAAGGCUCCAGGACUGUACUCGGAAACUUACUUCCAAAGCAUGGAUCGUGCGAUCGCUCUCGCAUCAAAGUACGGAGUGCACUUGAUAUUCCCCAUAAUAGACUACUGGUGGUGGAGAGGGGGCAUGAGAGCUUUUGCUUCUCAUCGAGUUGCAAACGCAAAUAGAGUUGACUUUUAUACCAAUCGACAAGUCAUUCAGGACUUUGAAGAUUUCCUAUAUUACAUACUUCAUCGCGUCAACACUGUCACCGGAGUAGCGUAUAAGGACGACCCCACGAUAUUAGCGUGGGAACUUUUGAACGAAGGGGGUGGAUGGUCUGACGUUUACGAUCCUACAUGGGCACAAACAAUAGCUCAGUUUAUCAAAACAAUCGAUCCAAACCAUCUCAUCAUGGAUGGCUCAUACAAUAACGGAGGUUACUAUGGUGGAUCCACAAAGUGGGAGUAUCUGAAAGUGCAAGGCGUGCUCAGCAACCCUUGUAUCGAUAUAAUGAGCAAUCACUAUUAUGCAGUGCAGAGUCAGUCUGAUUUCCCAGCUCGCAUUGCGCAAGAUGUAGCAUACACAAAGUCUGUCAACAAGCCACUGAUAGUUGACGAAUGGGCCAUUUGGACUGGCUCGGUUACAUCAUCGUGGAUUUCCACAUUUUUGACCUCGGUUCAAAACACACCAGGAGUGGCUGGUGUGCUUCUAUGGAGUUUGGUUUCCCAUCAUGUAUCGGGUGGCUGGUAUCAACAUUACGAGUAUCCGUCCCCCUUCACGGAUUACCACUUCCCUGGGUUCACAUCAAGCAUCUCGACCUUUGACGAAGGAUUCGUCUGUAGCAAUAUCAUGCAAUAUGCGGCCUCCAUAAUGGGAAAGACUCUCAGCCUGCCACUACCAUCGGCUCCUGGGAUAAUAUCAGGAAUAACAAGCAAAACCCUGCGAUGGCAAGGCAGUGUCCUUGCACAAUACUACAAAGUCUUCUCGGCACCACCAUCUAAUGUCACGAGCUGGACUCUCAUUGGAAAGAAUGUCGUGGACACACUGCCACCAGGAAGCACGCUAUUUACGGAUCCUGUGUCGUGCCCGGCGGGGCAGACCAGAUUGUAUAAAUUCCAAGGAUGCAACACGGGAGGCUGUGGUGCAAACAGCACGGUUAUAACUGCCAAAUUGGGCAGCAGGCCCCAAGUAGAAAUUCGAGAGAUUGUAGAUACAGACACCGACAACUCGAUUCGCUUUGUCCUCUCAAAGACGGACUUGGCUCUAGCAAAUGCCAUCAGACGUACAUGCAUCGCCGAAGUAUCAACCAUCGCCAUCGACCUCGUCAACUUUAUCGUAAACACAACAGUCCUCUCAGACGAAUUCAUUGCCCAUCGUCUCGGCAUGAUUCCAUUAAACUCAGAGUCAGUACACGAACUCAAACCAAACAGAGACUGUGGGUGUGAUGGAUAUUGCAACCAGUGCAGCAUCACCCUCACUUUGAAUGUAUCCUUCAACACGGGCGAUAAAGAUACGAUGAUUGUCACUAGCGAUGAUUUGAGGACGGGGGAUCCAAAGGGACGAGGAGCUCCUUCCAAGCGAGCUGGUGAAGAUCCAAUUAGUAUAGUCAAACUGAAAAAGGGACAGCAGAUAUGGUUGACUUGUAUCGCACGAAAGGGAAUUGGAAAGGAACACUCAAAAUGGUCGCCCUGUGGAGCCGUAUCCUUCGACUACGAUCCAUGGAAUAAGCUCCGUCACAGCGUCUACUGGUAUGAAGAAUCACCCGAAGUGGAUUGGCCAGCUCCAGAUCCAGACCGAUUCCCAAACGCACCACACUUUGAAGAACGUAAACCGCAACCUGAUGAACCAUUCGAUUAUAAUGCUACAGCAAACAAGUUUUAUAUGACGGUCGAAUCAACUGGUGCAAUCCCACCUGAACGUAUUGUAAUUGAUGCAUUGAAGGGGCUAGCAGACAAACUGGAUGAUUUGAAGUUGGCAGUGGAUAGAGUUGGGAAUCGACAGGGUGAGGGUGAAGGAGGCGAAGGCAUGCAGACGGAGGCUGACUAUGCUUAUCAUCCUCCCCCACCAACAACACCUCGCUUCUACACAAACAUGUAA